AUGUUUAGAUUUGCUGGAUUUAAUGUAUCAAAGUGUUUGAGGCCCAAUAUGGUUUCUAUGCCUCGUAGGUUCAUCGCCAUCAAGACGAUGACUACCCCCAAUGAAAAUGCACUAAAAUUUAUUUCUACCGAUGGUGAAAUGCUACAGGACAAGGGCAGUAGUAGUUUAGAAAUUAAGAACUCGGAUGAAUCCUUGAUUGAACAUUCCAACUUAGCACAGCGUAUUUUUCUGCAAUGUCCCGGAGUUGAAUCACUAAUGAUUGGUGAUGAUUUCCUGACUGUUAACAAAGAUAGUAUGGUUCAUUGGAAUCAAAUUAAGCCGGGUGUCAUCGAACUGCUAACAAGCCAGCUAGCUUCAGGUGAAGAUGUUGUAUCUGAUGAAUUCCAUACCAUAAGGGAUUCUGACGCUGGAUACGAAGUUACGGCACCAAAAUUUGAACUGUCUGAAGAGGACGAAGAAGUCAGCGAUAUGAUUGAUGAAUUAAUACAAACAAGAAUCAGACCUGCCAUCCAAGAUGACGGUGGUGAUAUUCAAUACCGUGCAUACGAUCCAAAGACGGGUACAGUGUAUUUGAAACUACAGGGUGCAUGCAAGUCCUGUUCAUCUAGUGAAGAUACUUUGAAAGCUGGUAUCGAAGGUAUGCUGAAGCAUUAUGUGGAUGAAGUAACGAAUGUGGUACAAAUGUUGGAUCCAGAGGAGGAAAUUGCAUUAAGGGAGUUUGACAAGAUGGAACAAAGAAUACAACAGAAAAAUGCUGAGCAGUAA